UUACUCCUUGCACGAGCCGUGGCUCUGCUUCUCUCUCUCUCUGUCUCUCUCUCUCUCUCUCUCUGGGCUAGUGAGAUCAAGCUGCGAUCAUGGAGAUCACCAACGUUUCGGAGUAUGAGGCCGCUGCUAAGGAGAAAUUGCCAAAAAUGGUCUUUGACUACUAUGCUUCUGGUGCGGAUGACCAGUGGACUCUUAAGGAGAACAGGGAAGCAUUUUCCAGAAUACUGUUUCGCCCGCGUAUACUUAUUGAUGUCUCAAGGAUUGAUCUAACUACAACUGUUCUGGGUCACAAGAUCUCUAUGCCCAUCAUGCUUGCUCCAUCUGCUAUGCAUAAGAUGGCUCACCCAGAAGGAGAGAAUGCUACAGCUAGAGCAGCAUCAGCAGCUGGCACUAUUAUGACUAUAUCAACAUUUUCUACUUCAAGUUUUGAAGAAGUUUCCUCAACAGGACCAGGAACUCGCUUCUUCCAGCUUUAUGUUUUAAAAGACAGGAAUGUAGUUGCACAGCUCGUUAGAAGAGCUGAGAGGGCUAAUUUCAAGGCAUUAGUCCUUACAGCUGAUACUCCUGUUCUUGGUCACAGAGAAGCUGAUGUGAAGAACAGGUUUGUUUUGCCUUCAUCUUUGAUCUUCAAGAACUUUGAGGGCUUAGACCUUGGCAAAAUGGAGAAGACUAAUGAUUCUGGGAUUGCUUCUUAUUUUGCAAAUCAAAUUGACCGAUCUCUGAGCUGGAAGGAUGUCAAGUGGUUGCAGACAAUCACUUCCUUGCCAAUUCUUGUUAAAGGAGUUCUAACUCAGGAAGAUGCAAGGCUUGCCAUCCAAAAUGGAGCAGCCGGUAUCAUCGUAUCGAACCAUGGUGCCCGUCAGCUUGAUUAUGUUCCAGCAACUAUCACUGCUCUUGAAGAGGUUGUCAAGGCUGUAGAAGGCCGAGUUCCUGUAUUUUUGGACAGCGGAAUUCGACGUGGAACUGAUGUCUUCAAAGCAUUAGCUCUGGGAGCCUCUGGUGUUUUUGUUGGAAGGCCUGUGGUGUUCUCAUUAGCAGUGGAUGGAGAAGCUGGAGUAAGAAAGAUGCUGCAGAUGCUUAGAGAUGAGUUUGAGCUGUCUAUGGCUCUCAGUGGCUGCACAUCUCUCAAGCAAAUUACCCGCAGUCAUGUCAUCACACCGUCCGACAUGAAUCGUGCCACUUCCAGGUUAUAAUUAUAAAUUUUUUUUAUUUUUUUUGGAAAUACUAUUAUUUAUUGUGUUGUCAUGUAAAACAUUUGAUUGCUUUU